UUGGCCGGCAUGAGCAGGGCGGCGGGGGGUGCCAGUUCCUAGGUCGCGGCAGGCGAUGGUGUCCGGCGGCUGGUGCUGGCUGCGCGGCCUUUGGGCCGCGGGGCAGCCCCUGUUCCAAGGCCGUGCGUUGCUCGUCACCAACACGCUGGGCUGCGGCGCUCUCAUGGCGGCCGGGGAUGGAGCGCGCCAGUCCUGGGAGAUCCGCGCUCGGCCCGGCCAGAAGUUUGACCCGCGGCGCUCAGCGAGCAUGUUUGCUGUGGGCUGCAGCAUGGGCCCUUUCCUGCACUACUGGUACCUCUGGCUGGACCGCCUGCUCCCUGCAUCUGGCUUCCGUGGCCUCCCAAACGUCCUCAGGAAGGUCCUCGUCGACCAACUGGUGGCCUCUCCCAUGCUGGGCGUCUGGUACUUCUUGGGCCUCGGCUGCCUGGAGGGCCAGACCCUGGGCGAGAGCUGCCAGGAGCUGCGGGACAAGUUCUGGGAAUUCUACAAGGCUGACUGGUGCGUGUGGCCCGCUGCGCAGCUGGUGAAUUUCCUCUUCGUGCCCCCCCAGUUCCGAGUCACCUACAUCAACGGCCUGACGCUGGGCUGGGACACAUACCUCUCCUAUCUGAAAUACCGGAUCCCAGGCCCCCCAGCGCCCCCCGGCUGUGUGGCCCUGGGCGCUGUGCAGACUGAGCUGCCACACACUGCCACCACAUGCCAGCCAGGGCAAGACUGACCCUCAGCUGACCAGCCACCUGGGCAGGAAGGGGAACGGACUGCUGGGGCCAGUCCUAGGCCCACCCUGAUUCCUAGGCCCCUUCCAAGCCCACUGCCGGGCCUCUGUUUCUCCAUCUGGAACACAACCAUGAAGAUGGACCGUCAUCCCCCAACCCUUCUGGGAGAGCCUCAAGUGACUGGUGACAGAUGUUCCAUCCUCAGCACUGGGCCCCAGCCAACCAGCUAGUACCAAGCCCUCAACACUCCUGCGGGCUGGGCUCUGGGACCAAGGUGGGGACAUCGCCCAUACCCUUGGAGCAGGGCCCCCAGAAUUUGGAGCCUUGGGUGGGGCUGGGUAGCCUCCAGUCUCAUCCUCUGUUCGUGGACUAUGGAAGUACAGAGAAUUAAAUUCUCUUUGUAAUUGAAAA